AUGGACGUCUCUGUACCAGCUCUCGACAACAGAUGUACUCCUAGUUUUGAGCCUCGUGGCCUCUACUAUCUUGAAAAGUGUCUCACUCGCCUUCCGACCGCCGACCUCGAUAUCGCAACGGCACGACUUACGGACUUGUAG